AUGGGUCCAAGGAACCGUGGAGGUCGGCCGAGUUUAAGCCAGGGCUUGGACCGUGAGGUCUACCAAGUCGUGCGCAAAAUUAUCGAUGACCAGCCUGAUGAGGCCCGGAUUCGCCUUUCGGUCCCCGCCAUAUAUGAUCAGCUCAAAAAGUCCAAUUCCAGCCUGAACCGCAAACCUAAGAAAUUGUUGGAAGACAGUCUGGAGCGGGUCCUGGAGGUUAUGAAGAGUGAGGGACUGUGCGGUGAAGACGAUGCGGACUCAGUCGAGGGAGACUUUGAAGGGCUCGAAGAACCACCAGCCAAGGAAGCCAAUGGAGUUAACCAGAGCAUUGUUGGCGCAUGGGCGACGGCCAAAGCAACAACAACAACACCCUCCCGCAAAACUGAGUCGGGCUCUUCCUCCAAACGAAAGGGAACCAGCGGGGAAUCAUCCUCAAAGAGACGCAAGGCCGAUGCUGUAGUGGACCGAUCCCCACCUACACAUGUUAGUCUUACGGAUUUGGGCGGUCUGGACGACGUGGUGCAGGAAUUAGGCGACAUGGUUAUCCUACCCAUGACCCGGCCGCAGGUUUACCUGGCGUCGAAUGUGCAACCGCCGCGCGGUGUACUACUUCACGGCCCGCCGGGAUGCGGAAAGACCAUGAUUGCCAAUGCAUUUGCUGCCGAGCUCGGCGUGCCGUUCAUCUCGAUCUCAGCACCCUCUAUCGUCUCCGGCAUGUCGGGUGAGUCUGAGAAAGCGCUGCGCGAACAUUUCGACGAGGCCAAGCGCAUCGCUCCUUGCCUGAUCUUUAUCGACGAGAUUGAUGCAAUCACACCCAAGCGUGAGAGUGCACAACGAGAAAUGGAAAAGAGAAUCGUCGCCCAGCUACUAACCUGCAUGGACGAACUUGCUCUCGAAAAGACAGACGGCAAGCCGGUCAUCGUUCUCGCCGCAACCAACCGACCCGACAGUCUAGACGCAGCUCUGCGCCGUGGUGGUCGUUUCGACAAGGAGAUCAACAUGACAGUUCCCUCCGAACCAGUCAGGGAGCAAAUUCUGCGAGCCUUAACGCGAAAGAUGCGCCUAGCAGACGAUCUCGACUUAAAAACACUAGCCAAGCGAACCCCCGGCUUCGUCGGCGCUGAUCUAAACGACCUCGUCUCAACCGCCGGCGCAGCCGCCAUCAAGCGCUACCUAGAGAUCCUCAAAUCCAACAGCGGUGAAGACAUGGACAUGGACAUGGAAAUCGAGGGCGAGGACGAUAUCAUAAGCCCUAAAGUACGCGAACUCCGCCGACUAAUAACACACGCCAAAGAAACGCCCAUCGGCGAAGAAACAAACGAAAUCUCCAUUUCAAACGCAGACUUCUUCACCGCACUACCCAAAAUUCAACCCUCCUCCAAGCGCGAAGGCUUCGCCACCGUCCCUGAUACAACCUGGGCCGACAUCGGCGCUCUGGGCGGGAUCCGCGAGGAACUGGUCACCGCGAUCGUGGAGCCGAUCAAAAACCCAGACAUUUACGCCAAUGUGGGUAUUACCGCGCCGACGGGCGUUCUGCUCUGGGGACCACCCGGUUGCGGUAAGACGUUGCUGGCCAAGGCCGUUGCGAACGAGUCGCGCGCCAAUUUCAUCAGCGUCAAGGGUCCGGAGCUGCUGAAUAAAUUCGUCGGUGAGUCUGAGCGCGCGGUUCGUCAGGUCUUUAUGCGGGCGCGCUCUUCUGUGCCCUGCGUUAUCUUUUUCGAUGAAUUAGAUGCUCUCGUCCCUCGUCGUGACGAUACUCUGUCCGAAGCCUCCGCGCGCGUCGUGAAUACUCUUCUCACUGAGCUGGAUGGCCUGGGCUCCAGUCGCCAGGGUAUCUACGUGAUUGCCGCGACCAAUCGUCCUGAUAUUAUUGAUCCGGCCAUGCUACGCCCAGGCCGUCUGGAGACACUUCUUUUCGUCAACUUGCCCUCGCCGCUUGAGCGAGUCGAUAUUCUGCAAACGCUUGUGCGGAAAUUGCCUAUUGACUUUGACGAGGCUAUGCGCCGACUGGCGGAGGAGUGUGAGGGCUACUCUGGUGCUGAUUUGGGUAGUUUGUUGCGCAGGGCUGGUUACUCUGCUAUUAAGAGGCGGGAUAAUAUCAAGUUGGAGGACUUUGUUACUGCGAAGUCCUUUAUCCGGCCCAGUGUCACCGAUAUGAAGAAAUAUGAGAAGUUGAGGAGGGACUGGAGUGGUGGUGUGAUUUGA